AUGGAUUCAUCAGGCCGACUAUGUCGCAUUGGGCUACAUCAGCUUCUGGCUGUUAGGGUGUUCUUGAAGAUCGAUUUGAGAUCUAGGCACCAUCAGUUGAGGAUUUGUGCUUCGGAUGUUCGAAAGACGGGUUUUCAGACUAGAUAUGGACACUAUGAGUUUCUACUUCGUUUUGAGAAGAAGGACCUUAAUCCGAUGCAGCGCAUGUGGAUUGAGUUACUAAAGGACUUUGAUAUCACCAUUGUUUAUCAUCCGGGCAAGGCGAACAUGGUCGUGGAUGCCUUGAGAAGAAAGGCCAAGAGUAUGGAUAGUUUGGCAUUCAUUCGAGCAGAGGAGAGGCCAUUGGCUAUGGAAAUUCGGUCCUUACCUAACCGACUUGUGAGGGUCACUUAUGUGUUCUUAUUUGAUGGCCUAAGAGAGUUGAUUCUGGAGGUGGCUCACAGUUUGUGUUAUUCUAUUCAUCCUGAUGCCACGAAGAUGUAUCGUGACCUGUGGCAGCGUUACUGGUGGCGGAAGAUGAAGAAGGACAUAGUUGGGUAUGUAUCAAGGUGUUUUAAUUUCCAACAGGUUAGGUAUGAGCGCAAGAGGCCAAGUGAUUUACUUCAUCAGAUGGUUAUACCAGAGUGGAAAUAG